AUGUUUGUUGCUGGUGCCUAUGCUGAGCACGGAGACACUUGGGCAUACACGACCCACGCUCCUUCGGCAGUUCUCGAGACUGCAGCCGUUUCUUUCUACCGAGAUGCUUUGCUCAGCUUGAGGGCUACUCGUCCCGGAGUCGCCCCAUACCCGGCUAACUGGGUACUUGCACAGACAUGGAAGUGGUAUCUCAAGACCCAGGUCCCCGUCGUAAGGGUUGCUUGCAUUGGGCAUGAUCCUUUGAGACUUGUUGACGAGAUAAUGCUGGAAAACAUAAGGUUCCCGAAACUGGACACGUACUCACUCUAUGGCGAGAAGAAGAAGCCGGCGGCCAGCGUGACUAUUGACGUCAGAGAAGCUGUGAUGGCCUAUUUCACAGCCAACGGAUUGAUUACAGCGAAUACGUCGAUCGCUCUCUUGGAACAGCAAGUCCCAAAUUCCCUUGUGAUUCCCAUCGAAUCACGUGCCGGCUCUGCAAGCUCUUUGGCGCUUUUCGUUCUUAGGAAUACCACGGGCUUCGACAGCAGCUCCCGUGAAUUGGCCGCAUCAACGUGUACCGUUGAUGCCCGUUGGGCCAAAGGCCAUUCCGUCAUCGAAUCUAAGGGCGGGGGCUUGGUAGACCAGGUACUCUCCUACGAUUUCUACGGAAGCCAGUCCCGUAGCAUCGUCGAUACGGAACUAGCAUCAGACGAGAUACCCUUUAGCUGGGGGGAGUAUCAUCCCAAGAGGCCGGAGCUGUACAAGGCAAUUCAGAUACGACGUAGCUGGUACGAAAUGCUAUCCCCGAGAGUAACCGACGCCUCCAUAUCCGGUGGCGCAGCAGACAACAGCAACACCGAAGGCUCAGGAAUUUACAAUUUUUUCACACCUUCCCUUCUCGAAAGAAUGGUAGCUUUGGCACAUGUUCCCUCCGUCAACGCGACGAACUCAGACACCAUUCACUCUCAGCUUGCCUAUCUCGAGGUUCUUUUUUCAACUUUCUUCGCCGACGGAAUUUCUCGUGCCGCCAUGCCACGACACAUCGACACAUGGCGCUUCUUUCCGGCCUGGGAGUACGGCCACUGGAACGACAGCUCUGAAAGCGUGUACCGCACUAUGAUACGCAGCGGGGACCCUGUCGAGACAUUCCCCCAACCGGCAGCUCUGCAGGGCAGAAACGGCACACGGAUGGUUGUCAAGGCAGUCUUUACGGCGUAUGCUAUGAAGAUACAGGGAUGGUUUGAUUGGGCAUCGGCGGUGGUACUCUUGCUGCAUGCUGUUGUUGCCAUUGCUUAUACCUUGUGGUGUUUAUGGGAGGGGCAAGUGGGCGAGGGAUGGGACACGAUCCCAGAGCUGCUUGCUCUCUCUCAGCAGUCGGCGCCCGCCGACGGUGGAGUCUUGAGUAACACGUGUGCCGGAGUGCGGACAAUGCGAACCAUGGAGGCCGUGGCAGUGGUGGAAAAUCACUCGGACUCGUUCAAUGGGUUAGUGAACUUCGGUAAGGAGGAGCUCUGUCUGAGAUUCCGGCAUCCGUGGGAUACAAAAGUACCGGGUACAGCCCUUAUGGAAGACAACGAAUACGGAGCUUUGAGGGUCGGGUAG